UGAUGGUUACAUUUGAUGUCCUUAUCCCUGAAUCUUUGGAUAAUCAAAGAUCUAACGGGACCACAUAGAACAGGAUUAUGUGUAUUACUUUUGUUGAAUAACUUAAGUCAGUAUUUUAUGUUUCCCAACACUCUUGAUUUGCAGGUCGAUCACGCUGACCAAACUAAUGGGAUCACCAUAGAUUCUGUCCAACAAGAUCCAAAUGGCACGAGGGUAGCAGAAGAUGGAGGAAGGGAGGACAUGUUUGUUGAUUGCCCAGAUGACAUAGAAAUUUCUGAGACUCAACAGACUUCUGAGGAGAAAGAUGAUGCACAGGACACCCAAUUCAAAGAUUCAGAUGGGAUCAAAAUCCAGAACCUGACGACCGAGAUGGAACAGUUGCGUGAUAUGCAUGAGAAAAGUGUUGCGGAGAAGGAUAGAAUUGUGCAUGGAUACGAGGAAGAAAGAGCAGCACUCUUGAGAGAACUUGCUCAUCUUUGUCUUCAAGCCAAGGGUUUGAAUGAACAACAGUCUCCACCUAGCGAAAAUGGAGAAGGAUUGUUUGAGGUUUCUGGGGCCUCGUUGCUUGAGAUAAUAAGUGAGUGCUCUAAGUGCCUUGGCAGUGCUAUGGAAGAUCGUUUGGAGACUGAGGGAAAAAUUAGAGAACUGCAGUCUAUACUAAAUACGAAAGAUCAGGAAAUUGAUCUUCUCAAUGCAAAGGUUGCUGAAUUAUCUGAAUCAGGCCAUGCUGUUCAGUCUGAUUUAACUUCAAAACACGAAAUCUUGUCUCAAUCAUACGAGGCUCAGCUUGAGAAGGAUCGAUGUAUAGAGGAAAUUACAAACAGGAUAAUAGCAUCUCUUUCUAUGACAGUGCAUGAACAAGAGUCUCUGGACGUGUCACUUGAAGGAAAAAUCUCUCUUGUUGAGAAGAACAUCAAACAUCUUAUCGAAAAGAAUAAUAUAUUCAUUUCUGAGAUCAACUGUCUUAGAGUUUGUCUUACUGAGGUUGUACCAGAUCUCAAUGUGCCUAAUGAAAUUGGCAUUUUCUUUGCUGCACGUGAUAAAUUGCUUGAAUUAAGAGGAAAGGAAGAGAGUUUGUACCAAAAUCUAAGCCAUUUAGAAGAAGAGAACAGAAAGUUGGUGGAACGACUUGAUGAACACAAAGUAAUGAUUGAGAAUGCAAAUGGAGAAAUUGGAAGACUAAGUGCAGAAGUUGAACAGGAGAAGACCAAGUACUCUAAUACCAAGGAGAAACUUAGUUUGGCCGUGACGAAGGGGAAGGCUUUAGUACAGCAGCGAGACUCGCUGAAGCAAUCAUUGGCUGAGAAAACAAGUGAGGUGGAAAAAUAUUUGAUUGAACUGCAAGAAAAGUCAAGUGCUCUUGAGGCUGCAGAAAGAAGUAAAGAGCUGUUGGCAACAAGUGAAAAUUUGGCUGCUUCUCUGCAGGAAUCUCUCAUACAUAAGGACACAAUCCUUCAGAAAUGUGGAGAAAUAUUAGCAGAGUCUGUUCCAAUGGAGGAACUACAGUCAGCAGAUAUUGUCCACAAACUCAGCUGGCUUGCAGAUGAAAGGAAAUCUUUGAAGGCUAUAUCCCUGGAAUACUAUAAAUUGACCGAUGCCUUGUCAUCAUUUGAUUUCCCAGAAACAAUGCUAUCUAGUGCAUUUGACACCCGUGCCCACUGGCUUGUGGAAUCAUUUUCUGUCUCCAGAGAAGAAGCUGUAAAGUUAAAACAUGGGAUUGAAGCAGCAAAAAUAGCUUCAAACGACGAGAUUGAUCGCCUAACUGCUUCACUUUUGGCGGAAACACAGGAGAAAAGUUAUCUUCAAGCAGAACUGGAGGAUUUAAGAAACAGAUCUGAAACAAAUGAGAUGUUACAACAUGAGGUAGCUGCAGCAAAGGAAGCUUUAAAUAAUGAGAUUGAUCACCUAACCUCAUUACUUUUGGUAGAAACACUGGAGAAUACCUAUAUUCAAGCGGAGUUGGAGGAGUUGAGACACAAAUAUGAAGGGAUAGUGCAAAAGGAAAAUCAGAUUUCAUUAGAGAAAGAUAGGCUGGUUAAUAUGUUGCUGGAUGCAUCUGGAAUUGAAAAAACUUAUCAGGAAGAGGUUUGUAAGGGGCAAACUGACAUGACCGUAGUCAUUAACAAAUGCAUUGGCAAGAUGAAAGAAGACUCUAGCCAUCCUGAAUCUUCUCAAGUGGAAGGGGAAACUUUCAAAAGCUUCCAAAGUCUUCUGUACAUAAGAGAUCAGGAAUUAAGGCUAUAUGAACUAAUAUUGGCAGAAGAUGUACCAGAUAAAAUGGAGGUGAAUCGUCUAUCAAAUGAGUUGGAAAUGGUUACUCGAGAAGUCGGUGGACUAGAAAACGAGAAGGCUGUUCUGCAAAAAAAUCUUGUACAGUUGGAGGAGAAAAAUGCUCUUUUGAGAGAAAAGUUGUCUACAGCAGUCAAAAAAGGCAAGGGGCUCGUCCAAGAACGUGAAAACUUGAAAGGAGCUUUGAAUGAAAAGAACGCUGAAAUUGAUAAGUUGAAUACCGAAUUACAGCAGCAAGUAUCCAAAUUCGACGAAUGCCUAGAUCAAAUCAGUAAAUUGCUACUUGAAGUGGAGCGCAUUCCCAAGUUGGAGGCUGAUCUUGUUGCUAUAAAGGAACAUGGAAAUCAACUUGAGCAGUUCUUAGUAGAGAGCAACAGCAUGCUACAAAGAGUGAUAGAGUCAAUUGAUGGCAUUAAACCUUCAGUUGAUUUGGUUUUUGAAGAGCCUGUAGAAAAGAUAAAGUGGAUUGCUGGAUAUGUUGGUGAAUGUGAAACUGCAAAGAUGGAGAUGGAUCAAGAAUUAAGGAAAGUAAAGGAUGAAGCAAUUUCUUUGGCCAGCGAGUUGUCAGAAGCUCAGAUGAUGACAAAGUCACUAGAACAUGCCUUAUCAGUGGCGGAAAACAAGAUGUCUCUUCUCCAAGAAGAGAAGAGAGAACUAGAAGUUGUUAAGACACAUGUGGAGGAUGAAUUGCAGAAGGCAAUGGAGGAAGCUUCAUCUCAAACAAGCAGAUUUGAAGAGGUCCAUUUAAGCAGAAGAUCACUUGAAGAUGCUUUGUCAUUAGCAGAAAACAAUAUUUCCAAGCUCAUGAAUGAGAAGCAUGUGGCUCUAGAAAGUAGAGCUCUUGCAGAAGAACAGUUACAAAAAUUGAAGGAGGAGUUUUCUAUUAAUACUAGCAAACUCUCUGAAGCUGACACCACUAUACAAGCACUUGAAGAUGCAUUGUCUCAGGCACAGAAAAAUGUUUUGCUGCUAACUGAAGAAAACAGUAAGGCACAAACUGGCAGACUUGAUUUAGAUAAUGAGAUGAAGAAACUCAAAGAGGAAGCUGAUUUACAGGCCAGUAAGCUUGCUGAUGCCUCAUUAACUAUCAAAUCAUUAGAAAAUGCAUUGUUGAAUGCAGAAAAUAACUUGGCUGAUCUUGUUAAUGCGAAGAAAGAUGCUGAACAAGAGACCUUAGUGCUUAACUCCAAGUUGGAUGCUUGCUUGCAAGAGUUGGAUGGAAAAAAUGGUAGCUUAAAGAAUCGAUCUCUGGAGCUCGCUGGACACCUUAGCUGUCUUCAGAUGCUUGUUAAAGAUGAGAGAUUGUUGUUAACGCUACAAAAAUGUUUUGAGAAGAAAUUUGAGAGCCUAAAGGAAAUGGAUCUUUUGCUUAUAGAAAUGAAGGAUUUUUUUCAUGAAAUGGAUUAUGAUGUGCUUCCAAAUGGCCCUGUCAUGGAGGAUGAUUUGCCUAUUUCAUCUACUUUUCCAUCUAGCCUUGAUAAUGUUUUGAACAUGGAAAUGGUUGAUGGUGAAGUGAAUGCAACAGAUGAUGAGAGUAUGUUGUUACAUAUUGGGAAAUUGGUUGAAAGAUUUUAUCUGAAAGACAAGGUCGUAGCAGAUAAAUUUAAUAACUUCUCUAAAUUUAUGGAUGAGUCAAAUGCAGCAAUGUUGAGAAAAUUAGACAUAACGAAGGAUAGGAUGAUAACGAUGAUCGAGCUUAUUAAAUCUUUGAAAAAGAGAGUGAAGGAUAUGGAAACAGAUAAGCAAAGACAAGAGAACUCUAUAGACUCGUUGGGAAGUGAUAUUAGAAUUCUAUUCUCUGCCUGUGCCGAUGCCACUCGAGAACUGGAGUUGGAUGUCAAGAACAAUAAAUUGGAAUCGAGAUCUGUCCAAAAGUUGGUAAAUUUGGAAGACAACAUCUCCAUGUAUUCAGGAAUAGUUGGUGGAGAUGAAGCAGCAGCACUUGUUAGCGACAAUUGUGCGAAGACAGCUGAGAGGCUGUUAUUUGCUGCUAGACAAAGUCGAGAUCUAAGUAAACAGUUUCAGGAUGCAAUAAAUAAGUUGGUAAAUUCAAUCGAUAAUAUUCAGAAUAAAUUGGAAGAAACUGAGCUAACUCGUGAUGAAGUCUUGAAAGUAAGAGAUAUAAACAGAGACAGAAUCCUUAAGUUGGAGACUGAUCUGGAAGCCAGGCAAAACUUGUGCAAUGAGAUGUCACUUGCGCUAGAGAAUUAUCGGAUAAAAGAGGCUACAGUGAAAGAGAGAGAAGCAGAUUUUUCAUCCGUUGACUCUACUACAUUGUCACAAGUUCAAGAACUGGAAGUUUCACUCCUGUCAUCAUCUCAAAUGAAAUCACUCUUUGAUAAGAUAAAUGAGAUUGAAGUCCCUGAUUCUGCGUUUUCAGUAAAAGAGUUAGAGCUCCAUGAUUCAGUCGAUGUGAGGAAGCUGUUCUAUGUAUUAGAUAGUUUUAAUAAAUUACAGCAGAAGGUAAGCUCACUUUCUCACGAAAAGGGAGAGCUGCAGUCAGUUCUUGAUGAACAGGUUCUUGAAAUUGAACAUCUGAAAACUGAAGUUGAAUCUCACAUGAGAAAUGAGAGAGGUUUGGAGAUUUUGAAGAAUGAACUGGUAGAGAUUGAAACAGGCUUGAAGAAUAUUGUAAUGAAGCUUGGGGGUAAUGAGUUUAUUGAUGAUUAUAAAGUAGGUGGUGCAGGAUGGCUAUUACCCAUACUUGAUAAGGCGGUUAUGGCCACAAUUCUGGAAUCCGAAAAUUUGAAAACUAAAACUGAUGAGCUUAAAGCCAAGCUACUUGGAACACAAAAGGUUGUGGAUGACUUAUCGGGCAAAGUCAAAUUACUAGAGGAUUCUAAUCAAGCUAGAAAUUCUUUGUCUGAAUCUGGCCAAGAAAGAGGAAUCUCCACACCUCAUCGGACUGAUUACUCCAUAUGGGACCUUUUGGGGUUUCUUUAUGUGUUGAAUCUACUACCUUUUUUUUGCUCCUUGACUACAUCUAUUGACAAUUUGCGAGUAUGGUUAGCGGGGACACAGGUGUCUUCUAUCGUAUUUUUGUACCUAUUUGAACCCAUGGUUGAACAACUAGGAGUUGUUGUCAUACUGAGUUUCGGAAAUGAAAUGGAGGAAGAAAUAUGGCUGGUUAUGAAAGAUUUCUUAGUUGGUAAGGAUAUCUUAGAAUACGUUUUUGAUGUUUUCUUGUUUUCUGCUGAAACGAAGAAUGCUUCAAUUGGGGAUUUAGGGAGUGAUUUAGGGUUGUCGUGGGUGAGAUACAAUACGGUGGUGGUGGCUGGUUUAGGGACAAAGAUAGUGGGGCGGGAUGAGGUGGGGUGGUUGAAGAAGACGAUCCUCUUUUAG